AUGAAAAAUGAUGUGUGGUAUAUUACAGGGGUUACAAGUGGAAUUGGGUUAGGUUUAGCAACAGUUUUACUGGAGAGCGGAUACAAGGUAGCAGGAACUUCAAGAGAUAUGAAUAAAUUAAUUAAAAUUAAAACAUUAAUAGAGAACCCAAAUUUCUUACCAUUGCAGGUAGAUAUCACUAAUGUAAAUAAUGUAAAUGAUUCUAUAGAAAAGACUAUCAAUUGUUUUGGAACUUUAACAACCAUUGUUAAUAACAGUGGAAUGGGAAAGAUUGGGGCAAUAGAAGAGGUUUCGAAUGAAGAUUAUAAAGAACUAUUCAAUUGUAUGUAUUUUGGACCAUUAAAUGUAAUCAAAGCAGCAUUACCAUAUUUUAGAAAAAUGAAAUAUGGAUAUAUUUUCAACAUAGGUUCGGUAGGUGGCAUUAAACCUGUUCCAUAUAUUGGGGCAUACGGUAGCGCUAAAUUUGCAUUGUGUGGUUUAUCAGAAUCAUUACAUUAUGAGGUUAAAAAGUUUAAUAUUAAGGUAUCAUAUGUGGUUUUAGGUGCAUUUGCCACAUCCAUAACUACAGACCCUAACAGAUUUUCAAAAGCCAUAGAUGGGUAUAAUACAUUAGAGGAGUUAAAAAAAAGUUUCAUUAAAAAAUAUCCAGGGAAAAGCCCCUUCAAAUUAGCUGAGGUAUUAAUUAGAUAUGGUAAUCAAGAUGAAAUUCCAUUUAACAUUAUGGUAGGUGAAGCUGGUCUAAUGAAGGAGGUAAUUUGUAAUAAAAUCAAUGAUUUGGAGUGCCAAUACAACACCCAAAUAGAAAGUAAUUUAAAUACUGACCUUUAA